GCCCAUAGAGCAGCUGAAGGAGGAGUUUGAAAAGCUGAACAUGAAGAUAGAAACAGAUUAUGAAAUUAUGGUUAAAUUAAUCAGCAAAUUCAACAGCUCUGCCUCCACGCUGGAUGAGAAAGUCGUGGUGCUUUAUGAUCUCGAAUAUUAUGUUCACCAGGUGGACAAUGCCAAGGAUUUCCUGUCCAUGGGUGGGCUCCGGCUGGUGAUCGAGGGGCUGAACAGCAGCGAGGCCUCGCUGAAGGAACAUGCUGCCUUCGUCCUGGGAGCUGCCCUGUCCAGGUGA